AAUGUCACCAAAAUAAACAUAAAUGAUAAACCGGAUUACAAUAGGAUAUAGUUCUUCAACUUAACUUAGGUUUAAACAAUAAUUGUAACAGUAUUAACUCUAUUUUGAAGCAACAAUGAGCGACGAUGAUGUAACUAUUAUGGACGUGGACGAGGCAGAUCCGAGACCGAGUAAGACAUCGAGCUCGGCUAAGCCAGUCUCGCAUCUUCCAUGGAUUGAAAAAUACCGGCCUCAAACUUUUGCUGAUAUUGUUGGUAAUGAAGAUACAGUGUCGAGAUUAGCUGUUUUUGCUCGCACCGGGAAUGCACCCAACAUUAUAAUAGCGGGGCCUCCGGGAGUCGGCAAGACGACCACUAUACUGUGCCUAGCGCGUGCUUUACUCGGCCCGACAUUCAAAGAGGCCGUUCUAGAAUUGAAUGCAUCCAACGACCGUGGAAUUGAUGUUGUACGAAAUAAGAUCAAAAUGUUUGCACAACAAAAGGUAACUCUUCCUGCGGGGCGACACAAGAUAGUCAUCCUGGAUGAAGCGGAUAGUAUGACGGAUGGCGCGCAACAGGCCCUGCGGAGGACCAUGGAGCUGUACUCCAGUACCACACGCUUCGCUCUGGCUGCCAACAACAGCGAGAAGAUCAUUGAGCCUAUACAAUCCCGUUGUGCCGUACUCAGAUAUUCUAAACUGUCUGAUGCUCAGAUUAUGGCGAAAGUAAUACUAGUAUGUAAAGAGGAAAACCUCUCUUAUACUGAAGAAGGUAUAAAUGCAAUAGUAUUUACUGCUCAAGGUGAUCUGCGAUCUGCUCUCAAUAACCUGCAAUCCACAGCUCAAGGCUUCGGCCACAUAAACCCGGACAAUGUGUUCAAAGUGUGUGAUGAACCUCAUCCUAAAAUGGUCAAGAGCAUGCUGGAAGCCUGCAUAAGGCAAGAUAUCCACGAGGCAUACAAGAUGAUGGCGAAGCUGUGCAAGCUGGGGUACGCGGCGGAGGACAUCGUGAGCAACGUGUUUCGCGUGAGCAAGGGGCUGGAGGCGGGCGAGGGGGUGCGCCUGGCGCUGGUGCGGGAGGUGGGGCUGACGCAGCUGCGCGUCGCCGACGGCCUUUCCUCGCGCCUGCAGCUCGCCGGCCUGCUGGCCCGCGCCGCCCGCGCCGCCGCCGCCGUCAGACAGGCCCUCUAGUGCCGCUGCAGUGAUGACCGAGAGGGGGUUCCGGAGCUCCUCACGCGAAGUGACCUUUUUUCUUUCAAAUUGAGUCAAAAGAGGAAUUAGCGGGAUCGAACAGCAAUCAGCGUAGAAAAUUAACUUACUAUCGCCGUUCUUAUACUAGGCAUUUCUUAUCGCACGUUUUAUGACGUGUGACUUGCGAUGAUGAAAUUAAAGUACAAGAACUAUCUGUAGCUGUAAGGGCGCUUUUCGCUUAGGGGGGUAUUACAUAUCUGCAUAUUACAUUA